GGCCAUCCGGAACCGAGCGCAGCCCAGCCCGACCUGAGAACCAACCAACCAACCAGCGGCCUCCAUCUCCCUAGUCCCGAUUCCCGAUCCCUACGGAUGGCCACGCCGCUCGCACGUGCGCCGCUGCCGCGGGCCCUUCUCCGGCCGGCUCCCACCGCCCGGGUCGCUGCGCACCGCCACCUCCGGGCGAAGGCAGCCGGCAGCGCGGGCGCGGCCGGGCCCGUGCUCCGCACGUGCAGGAACUGCAAGCAGCAGUACGACCCGGCGGCGAACCACCCCUCCGCCUGCCGCUACCACACGGCCCACUUCGGAGGAGAAACAAGGAGAAAAUUCGAGAGUGUCUACGCUGGUGGGACGAUGGAUACUCCGGAUUCAGGCAAAGUGUUUCAAUACUGGCAUUGUUGUGGGUCGGAAGAUCCAUUUGAUGCAGGCUGUACUGCUUCUCCUCACUGCUCGUAUGAUGAUUGAAUGCCUCAUGGUUACAUUAUGUUUUUGUGAUUGUACUAUUGUUUCACACGAAUAAUGGAUCUGGAAGUUUAGUUUCUUGUUUGCCUAUAGAUAUUGAUAUAUUCAGUUGAUUUGGUGUUAUAUGGUAAAUGUCAGCUGUCAAAUACUGGCCCUUCAAUAUCGAAUUAGUCAUUUAAAUC